UUGGCUCAGUGUCUCUGCACUUUGAUCUGAUCGGUAUUUCCAGGACUCUAUGAUUUUAUUGAUAUGAUUUUCUUCUCUAUCACUGCGUCGACAAUAUCAUCUCUGCCCGUGCUUGUCUCACAGUAUCGAACUUUGCGUUAAGUAACGUUAAUUGGAAAUCUUCCGGGCUGUUUCAGCAGCCUCGCCUCUGGAGGUCACUUCUCGAUCCGCGGGGCGGGAGCCGAGGAGGCCAUCUUGCCGCUGCUUCCGUCUUGUCGGUAGUCAGUCAGCUGGACCGGGGUUGCCGGGGUGACGGUAAAAGAAUUGCAGCAGCAACAGCCCUGGUACAAAUCUGACAAAGUGAUAAAGCCACUAUCCUCCAUUUGUGCCUACCUGCUAUGGACAUGGAAAUUGCAGUACGUGCUCCAUUUCUAUUACUGUCAAUCCGACUCCUUGAAGUACAUGACAUAAAUGAUGGUGUAACCGGGAGGUAUGCUUCCACAGCUGCGAUAAAGCACAGUAACAGGUCAGCACUACCCCCAAUACACCCACUGAGCAAUUAACCUACUAACCCAUACAUCUUUGGAAUGUGAGAGGAAACCAGAGCAUCUGGAGGAGACCCAUGCGGCCACAGGGAAAGAUUACCUUGCUCUUGAGGUGACCAGAGGUCGACACAGUUAGUUAGAUACUACAAGCUGGACUUGAAAACAAGCAGUGAUGCAUCUCUUUUUGAGGAAUUUCAUCAAACCAGCCUCUCAGUUAUCCUACAGAAUGGCUUCAAAUUAUGUUAGUCGGAUCCGCUACCUAUGUGACCUGAAGGAGGAUGAUGAAGCCUGCCGGAAGGCCCUGAGCUCUGGAACUUUCCUGCUCUUUCAUGGUCUCUCACCUCUUUUGCAGAGGAUUGAGAACAAGUAUAUAGCACCAUUUGUUACAGCCUCAGAGCUGAAUGGAAUUCUUAAGAAGCUGGGCCAGACAGAAAAAUGGAUGGAGGAAUCAGUUCUAACUGGUUGUACAGAAAGUUUUGUGCCACAGUUUGCACUAGAUUUAGGACAAACUGAAAAGGCUGGAGCAGAAAUGCUACUAAAGGGAAGGUUUGUAGAAUUUCGGAAAGCCUUCUUCCUUGUGGAAGGAAAGGAUUCAACUCUGCUAUCCCAGGCUCAGGCCCUUCUCCGUUGGCACAGCACACAUCUCUACUGUGGUAGAACUGGACAACCAACGCAGAAAAAUAUAUCCGGCAGUAAACGUGUCUGUGGCACAGAUGAAGUAAUCUAUUAUCCACAGAUGUCUCCUGUGGUUAUCAUGUUGGUAUCCAAUGGAACACAUUGCCUGCUGGCACGUCAGAAGGGAUUUCCUCCUGGAAUGUAUAGUGCACUGGCUGGAUUCUGCAACAUUGGAGAGACAGUGGAAGAGGCUGUGCAUCGAGAAGUGGCGGAAGAAGUCGGUUUGGAUGUGUCCUCACUGUCGUAUUCUGCAUCCCAACACUGGCCCUUUCCCAGUAGUUCUCUGAUGAUUGGGUGCCAUGCAAUGGUGCAGCCAAAGCAGAACAAGAUUGAGCUCAACCACUCUGAGCUUGAGGAUGCCCGCUGGUUCGAUGCUUCAGAGAUAGAGGAACCUUUAAAGCGGAAGCAGGUACCAAGCAAGAAAGAAAUGGGUGAGAUUGCGUUCUGGAUCCCACCGCCCCAGGCUUUAGCACAUCAUCUAAUCAAAGAAUGGAUGCAAAGGCACUAGCAGUCUUGAAAUCUUGCAGAUAAUCAGCUAUUGGGAUUGAAUGGUGCACAGAUGCUGUUUCUUUGCACCAUGAGUGAUAGUUUAUACAGUUCAUGUACUAAUGAGGCAAUCACAAAGAACAACUGCAUUACAUCAGACUAUUUUCCACAUUAAAGACCUUUAUAAAGGGAGAUAUAAUCAAGAAUGCUUGUGUCCACUGGAGCUCCAGACAAAUGAAGGAACAAGUAAUUAUUGUGGUGUAUUCCUGAUUAUAAAUGACAAUCUCUGGCAUUCAACCAGUGUUUCUGCUUUAAAGGGCUCACCCUAAGAUUCAAAGGAUUUGAGUUCAUUUAAACCUAAUUUUGAUUACAAAAAAUAAUUUUAAGCCUUUCUUUGUGGAAAAUUCUUUUCAGUUUUGGAGAUCCCCCUCCCAUUUUUGAUAGCCUGUAUCAACUAUUCCAAAAAAACCUCAGGGCUCAUGUAAAAUAAAUCUUCACAUCAACAGAAGUAAUCCCUGUUGAAGCAUUUUGAAAGAAAGUUUCAGUUAAUCCUGUUCAUUGUUAAUCUGAUUCAUUAAAACAUUUUACUUAUGCUAAUGAAGUCUCUCUAUUUUAAGUACUCCUAAACUAAUUUAUGAUAAUGAUUACCAUGAGAAAUUGAGGAUUACUAUAAAUAGACUUUGAUGAUACAUUUUUAAAGUUAAUUACAGAGCUACUUCCUUACAGUUUUGUGCCCUAUGAGUAAUUUCUUAUCACUAACAAUGUCAAAAGGACCUCAUAGCAAUUUGUUUUUUUCACUUCAUCUAAAGUUUGAAUAAGUAAGGGAUUAAACAACUCCAAGGCCGACACAAAGCCCUUCUGUUUGUCUUGUAUAACUAGACAGUAUUUAGUGUUUAAAAUGAUGAGUGCAUAGAAUUCACAGUACACAGUGUGUCACAACUGUCAGGGUUCUUUCUACGCCCCAAUUACUGUACAAAAACAGUUACGAAUUGAAAUGGAAUCAUUUACUAUUGACUGAUGAUAUAAGGUGAAUGAUGAGAAACAAAAGUGGAGAAUGCUGGAAAUACUCAGUAGGUCAAGGUUCAUCUGUGGGGAGAGAAACAGUAAAAAGGUUUGUAAAGCUGUUUGACAAACCCCUUCCCCCUCUCUCCUUGCAGUUUUCACCCUCUCAUGUCCAUCUACCACUGCAGGCUUACAAGCUUCUAUUGACUCCUUCUAAGUUCUGACGAGGAGUCUGAAACAUUGAUGCUGUGUCUCUCUCUACAGAUACAGCCUGACAUACUGAGUGUUCCAGUAAUUUUCAUUUUUGUUUUAGAUUUUCAGCGUCUGCAGUGUUUUUUUUAUUUUACAUUGCAAGCUUGCAGGUAAAGGAAAUGUGUGCUACAAAUGAACCAGAGCUAUGUGGUAUUUAUGUGGAAUAUUUGGAAUUAUAACAAACUGUUGCAAAAUUUGUUGUCUAAUAUCUUGUACUUUUAAUGGUACAGGAGGCCAUUCAACUCUAGGCUAGCUUCUAGACAGGCAGCACCUACAGUCCUAUUCCCUCUCUCGUUUCCCUCUGUCACAUGCAUAUAAUUUCAUAAUGUCACAAAAGAAUGUGCAAACUCUGCAUCGGCAGUGCCCAUGAUCAGGAACAAAUCCACUCAAUUGGAGCUGUUAAUUAUGCCAUCGAGUUAGGUAGGUAAUAAAAAUUAUGUCUUUGUAGGGGAAUGCAACAGAAAUACUUAUAUUAUUUUACACUUCUUAUUCUUAUUUCUUAUGUUGGUGCAAUCAGUGAAGGGAAAGGUAAGUGUAUCCCAGACUUCAUGAUUGUGACGACGUGAGGAUCUGAUGUCAACAAAGGAAUGGUGGGGUGGGGGGAUGGAACACAAAGGAAAGGAGGGAACAGGGUUAGCUAUGGAGUGGCAGUAGAUUACAGAGGAAGAGCUGCAAAAUGUGGGUGAAAUUUGAAAGAAAGUUGUGGAUUUCGAAAUAGGUGAAUUAUUGCAAAACUGUUCAACCCAUGACUUAAUAUCAUUUCUAUUCUCCUCUUA